AUGGAAGAUCAUUUUUCAGUUGGUGAGCCAACUCUUGCAGACAGCAAAGAAUCUCCAAUACCUAAAAGUAAAGCUAAAAAGCGAUGGAAGCUAUUAAAGAAUGUAAUUCAUGCUUCACAUUUAUUUAAAAACAGUGAAAUAAAGGUUAUGCAAGAUAUUGAUGAACUUGUCCAAGAUGUCCAAAGCAGCCCAACCCGCAUUGAGUACUCAAGGACCCACACUUUUUUGCUUAAUGACGUUCUUGAUGAGCACAAAGUAACAGAAAAAUUAUUUUGUCUAAUACAGAGAUCAAACAAGCAAGAUUUAAUUGAUAUAGAAACACUUAUUGAAAAUCACCCAAAACGAUUUGUAAGGAGUUUUAAGGACCCAGACUCAUAUUUGAAUAAGAAAAAUGUCCAAGGUGUCCGUCCGCUAUAUGAAGCUGCCAGACAUGGAUAUUGAGAAACCAUUCAAAUUUUACUUGAUUAUGGUGCUGAUUGUCACUUAAAAAGCGACCUUAAGAAAAAAGAUGAAGAAAACGCUUUACAAGUCGCUGUAAGAUGGGGGUAUUUUGAAGUCGUCAAACAAUUUCUCCAAUGCUGCUCUUGAAGAAGGGAAGAAUUAAAAGCUGCCUUAAAAUUAUGCAUUUUCCCCCUUAUAUUUCCCAUUAGUCAAUUUUUAUUAAAAAAAUAAUUUGUAGGCUGGGAUUAUAGAAUAUCAAAUAAUCCCAAAAUUUCUGAAAUUAUCAGAUCAUACAUGCCAAAAGGUCACUUUUGCAUGUGCAGAUAG